GUCUGUACACUGUCUGAUACGCAGAAAUCUACGACUAAGUUUAUGUAAAUAAGAACAAACUUCCGGUAUCAACCCGGAUAUGACAAAUAAAUUAAGUGUUUAUUUUUAUAUCUUUUAUUUCGAUUUGAUUUUGAUAUAACUACUCGUGCUUAGACGACCAGGACAAAAUUAAGCAGAGAUGAUUGUUGUGGUUAUUUUCUUAGCAUUGGUACAUGUUCAGAAUUCUGGGGCUGUUGAUUGUGUGGGCUGUACAUCUUCUCAAACGUGUGGAUUUGAUGGGUUAUGUUAUGAUAUAUCAGACCUUGUAACGUGUGAUACAGCAAACUAUGGAUAUUACUGUAGAAGAGGACAAUCUUGCUGCGGUAUAACUGGAGGAUGUAUACCACAUGAUAAAAUAUGUUGUAGUCCUAAUCAUAGAUAUUGCGAGCCCGAUCAUACGUGUUGUGGAUCACACCUAUGCUGUCCAAAAGAAGCCGAAUGUAUAAAUGGAACCUGUGUACUAUACACGUUAAGGAAGAGACCACAUGAAGUUGAACAACAAACCACGGCGUAUCAAACUAGAAUAUUCAAGAGAACAUUUCCAACAUCAACGGUUAUGACAUUACCCUCUACUACAAAUCGUUUGACUACACAUCCGGCAGGGAAAACAAUUUCUACGUUACAAACACUAUAUCUUACACAGAAAACAUCGGACAUAUAUCACAAUUUCAACAGGAAUUAUGCUUCAAGUAACAGACACCUCGGCAGUGUCUUUAAAUGGUGGUAUAUCGCUUUAUUUGUGGCUGGUAUUGGGUGUGUAUGUGUUUCCCUUGGUCUUAUCGUCAUCAUACGAAGACAUACUAGAUCUAAAGCACUUGGACAGUGUAAUAACUUUGGUAUAGUGCCGAUUGCCCCAGCACAGACCGUUGGAGUGUAUCAAAAUGAUGAUGCAUCAAAUUCAGUUUAUGACAAAGGAAAUCCUCAACAGCAGACCCGAAAUAUAAGUUUUAUUUGAGCGAAACAGAAGCUAGGGCAUAAUCAACAGAUAAUUGUUCUUAAUCCAUAAAACUGCAUAGUAUCAUGAAAACAACAGAUAAAACCGUUAUUGGUGAUUCUAAGAAAAAGGCAAUACUAAAAAUACAAAGGACCUAUAAAUUCACUUUGAAGAAAGGGUAGGAGAAAAUAAAAUCUGAAAAAAUAUUCGAGUAUUUAUAGAACUAACUUUAUUUCAUUUUUAAGUAAUACAUACUAAAAUUGUGAAUCGUUAGACAAUUGUUGACAUCAUAUUAAAAUUUCCUAUAUUUGUACCAUAACAA